GAUGAUGUAUAUUGUAGGCGCCAGUCAAUUCGCAUCGACCGUGAUGGCGACGAAUCAACCAAAGCGAGGAAGUGAGAACGAUGAUUGCUCUUUUCUCCCUUUGGUUCAUGACAUUAUAAAAUGCAUGGACAAAGAGAGUCAAGAUGUCCAUCAAGAACUGGUCAAGUUUAAGACAAGGAUUCAUGAAGCGCGCGAGCAGAUCGGAGCCAUGCCAGGAAUUGACAUGAGCCUGUUCGAGCAGCAGCAUGAACUAGAGACGCUGCGAGAGCAAGUCCGCACCAAGAAUCAGCUACUGCAGAAAUACAAGAGUUUGUGUAUGUUUGAUGUUCCCAAAGCGUCGUGAGGGAUGUUUGACAGUCCUAAAGAAACUAACUGAGUUCAGGCGAAAACUUGGAGAGGAACACACAAGUACUGAAAAUGCUAUAUUUUUAUAGUUAGAGGACUGAGAAAAUGACCAUCCAUUUGAAAUCGUGAGAAAUGAUCUUGUUUAUAUGGAGUAUUUUUGGGGAUUCCAUCUCUUGGCUCCGUGUUAUCUCAUGUGCCUUUCCAUCCUAACAAUUCGUGCAGUAUAACUUGAACUCAUCCCGUUUGUCAAAACCACCAGAAAAGAUUUCAUUUCACUAUAACACUACCUUCAGGCAGUAUCUUGUUGUUUUGUAAACUGUCCCAUUUUUACUUUGUAAAAAAUGUAUUAUCCAUACUGAAUUAUAAUGCCCUCGUCAAGUUUGUAUAUGCAGUGGAUUCUUAUUUUAGGUCAUGGUUUUGUUGGUGUGCUAUAAAGAUUGAGUGCUGCAGAUUUUCAAUGCGGUAGGCCUAAAAUAAACCUUUGUUUUAAUUC